GUUUAAGCAACGACGAUGUUGUUCAGAUUUAAAAAUGAAAAUAGUUUUGACUGGAUUCGGCCCUUUUGGGGAGCACAAGGAGAAUGCGAGCUGGGUUGCUGUACGCGGAGUACCAGAACAUUGGUCUAAACUGUACAGCGAUUUAGCAGAUGUGAUUAUUGAAGAAAUCCCUGUAGAAUACAAGUAUGUACAGGAGAAUGUACCGUACAAGUGGCCCGAGGCGGAUUUCGUUGUACAUGUUGGGGUUAGCAGUGCCGCAAAUGAUAUCACAAUUGAAGAAUGCGCGAAAAACUGUGGUUACACCAGAGAAGAUGUGACCCUGUGUUGUCCCCAUGAGGGUGUGUGUGUACUAGGGGGGGAGCAGACCCUGACAACCUGUCUAGAUGUCAAUAAGCUGAGCUUAGAGUUGAAUUCUGCAGGUAGGUCAGCUAGUAAUUCUAUAUCCUGGAGUACAUCUCAAGAGUUGAACUCUACAGGUAGUUCAGCUAGUAAUUCUAUAUCCUGGAGUACAUCUCAAGAGUUGAACUCUACAGGUAGUUCAGCUAGUAAUACUAUAUCCUGGAGUACAUCUCAAGAGUAGAACUCUACAGGUAGUUCAGCUAGUAAUUUUAUAUCCUGGAGUACAUCUCAAGAGUUGAACUCUACAGGUAGUUCAGCUAGUAAUUCUUUAUCCUGGAGUACAUCUAAAGAGUUGAACUCUAAAGCUAGUUCAGCUAGUAAUACUAUAUCCUGGAGUACAUCUCAAGAGUUGAACUAUACAGCUAGUUCAGCUAGUAAUACUAUAUCCUGGAGUACAUCUCAAGAGUUGAACUCUACAGGUAGUUCAGCUAGUAAUUCUAUAUCCUGGAGUACAUCUCAAGAUGCUGGAAACUAUCUCUGUGAGUUUAUUUACUACUCUUCUCUACACGCAAACGAGGGACGGAGUUUAUUCGUUCAUGUUCCACCUCUGGAUAAACCAUUCUCCGGGGACCAGCUGUCACAGGCUUUGUGCGAGCUUCUGGUGCGUAUAGUGAAACUUAAUUAUCAGGCUUUGCGCGAGCUUCUGGCGAGUAAAGGGAAACCUACGGAACAAGAGAAAGAAAAGCAAAUCAAGGAUUAAAAGUACAUCAAAUUAUAAAUAAAGAGAUCUGUGGUGCAUUAUAAAAUGUGACAAAAGUAUGGCUGAUUGUAUAAUUUUUGAAAUUUGAAUUUGAUUUUCAAUUAUUAAUUAUGUUGUCAAUCUUUGUAUUCACUAUGCAUUUAAAUUAUGAUAAAAAAUUUUUUUUUUAAAUUCAAUGAAAAAUUCUUUAAUUCUGCGUCUGAAUUACAGGGUUGCCCACGAAGGAUGAGAAUGUAAAGACGAAUUGAAACUCAUGAAGAUGCAAAGUUUAAAUUUAGUCUUCUGCCUUGAAUGUGGUCUUUAAAUGGCUUAUUUAAUAAUUUCGCAAACACAGAAAGAAGCAGGGAAAAAUUCCGUACAGUUGUCUCUGAAGUCUCAUCCUUUGUGGGUAACCCUGUAUAGUGUAUAUAUAUUUUAAUAAGCUAAUAACAUAUGAACGUAUGGUUUUUAUUUUUGCAUAUUAUAAUAUCUGAAGUUCAUUGUGAUAUUAGUUAGCCUGAAAAAUCUAUUAAAAACGUUUAUUUAUUUUAGA